AUGCCGCCAAUCGUCGCAGAGUUUGCCGAGACCAGGGCCCUGUGGGGCUUACUGCACGACUCGCAGCAUCUGCCCGGAGACUACGUGGCUGGAGGGCUGGAGCACUAUCGGAACGACAACUGGCAUUUGUUCCUCAAGAAUCGUGGCCACGACAUCAUUGCCGACGAAUGGAAGCAGGUCCCUGCUGGAGAACGAGGCCAGGGAGCGGCUCAUACCAUCAAGAAGAUGACGAGGUUUGCCAAGGAUCCCAGCUCGCACCGCGAGAUGUGGGUGGAGACCCCCGGACCCAAGAAGGUGGCGAGCCAGCUGAUCGAGGCGUAUGCAAAGAGCCUCAAGGAGCACGACCACAUCUAUGCGGUUAGUGAGCAUAUGCGAUUGCCAGACGAUGCUGCUCAUCUCCUCGUUCCAGGUCGCAGUGCCUGA